UCACGUGACCGGGGCUCGGGCCUCUGCGACCUGCUUGCUAGUUGCGCUCGAGUAGUCGGUACGCAACGCGCCCGCAGGGUGACAAGACGGAGAUGGCUGCCACUCUGCAGCGCAUCGAGCGGUUGUCCAGUCGAGUGGUGCGUGUGUUGGGCUGUAACCCGGGUCCCAUGACCCUUCAGGGCACCAACACCUACCUAGUGGGGACCGGCUCCAGGAGAGUCCUCAUUGAUACUGGAGAGCCAGCAAUUCCAGAAUAUAUCAGCUGUUUAAAGCAGGCUCUAACUGAAUUUAACACAGCAAUCCAGGAAAUCAUAGUGACUCACUGGCACCAGGAUCAUUCUGGAGGCAUAGGAGAUAUUUGUAAAAGCAUCAAUAAUGACACUACCUACUGCAUUAAAAAACUACCACGGAAUCCUCAGAGAGAAGAAAUUAUAGAAAAUGGAGAGCAACAAUAUGUUUAUCUGAAAGAUGGAGAUGUGAUUAAGACUGAGGGAGCUACUCUAAAAGUUAUAUAUACACCUGGCCAUACUGAUGAUCAUAUGUCUCUACUCUUAGAAGAGGAAAAUGCUAUCUUUUCUGGAGAUUGUAUCCUAGGAGAGGGAACAACUGUGUUUGAAGACCUCUAUGAUUAUAUGAACUCCCUAAAAGAGUUAUUGAAAAUUAAAGCUGAUAUUAUAUAUCCAGGACAUGGACCAGUAAUCCAUAAUGCUGAAGCUAAAAUUCAAGAAUACAUUUCACACAGAAAUAUCCGAGAAGAGCAAAUUCUUACAGUAUUUCAUGAGAACUUUGAAAAAUCAUAUACAGAUAUGGAGCUUGUAAAAAUUAUUUACAAGAAUACUCCUGAGCAUUUGCAUAAAGUAGCUAAACAUAAUCUCUUGCUUCAUUUGAAAAAGCUAGAAAAAGAAGGGAAAAUAUUUAGCAAUACAGAUCCUGACAAGAAGUGGAAAGCUCAUCUUUAGUUCCAGAUUAAUGAAAGUUUUGUUUUGUUUUGUUUUGUUUUUAAACAAUGACAUGAUUCCUUUACUAUGAAGUAUGUAUAGAGAAUAUACAGUAUAAAACAUUGAAAAUAACUGUAGA